AGAAAGUGAAUCAGAAAGUUGAACGAUAGAAAAUGGCGAAGAAAGAGGAAGAACCAGUGAUGGGGAUCCCCUACCCGGUGGUCUACCAUCCUAACCAGAACCCCUACCAGGCAGGUGUCAUUCCGCCGAACGCCUUCGUCGGCGAUCCAAAGGGCGUUCCGAUUCAGCAGACCAUUUUCCGAGACACUCCCGCUCCUUUCAACUGCGUCUACUGCGGCAGCUCCGGCGUUACCACCGUAAAGUCGAAACCAAGCCUGGCAGCUGUUGUCGGUUGUAUGAUGCCGAUGAUGCUUGGAAUUUGCUUUCUUUGUCCUUCAAUGGACUGCCUCUGGCAUAAAUAUCAUUAUUGCCCAAGCUGCAAAGAAAAGGUUGCCGAUUUUGAGAAAUCAGAUCCCUGCGUAGUGAUGGAUCCUCCACAAUGGACACAGCAGAGCUUUGCAUUGCCUGCAUCAUAUUGAUAAGUCAUUAACCCGCAUUGUAGCUGCUGUUGUCAGUUUGCAUUUGUUUUCUGUGUGCUUAAUAGUGAUGGACCCAACUGUUUGGUAUGUGUACAUGGCGCUUUGAACAUAUCAUGUUGCUAUGUGUACAUGGAACUAUGAACAAAUGUUUUUGUUAUGUGUAUAUGAACCUAUGAACAAAUACUAUUGGCAUACAGUAUACAUUUUUAAAUGUACUACCUUUGUUUUUCAUUUUCCUCAAUAAUAUGGAGCAUUGGGCUCAGUAACAGA